GUAUUCAGCCAUUCCCAGCCCAAAACCCCUUGCUGCAUUAGCAUUUGGGUUUUCUGCUUCAAUAACAAAAUUGAAAUUAGCGUUAACAUUAAAAUGGCAAACAGCAACACGGACACCGGUGACACAACCAUACUGGCCACAACAAGUGCUUCUGUGCAGGAUUACAACCCCAAUUCUAUCGAUGGGGAGCCACUAGAGCCGCGCGAGUCGCUGAUAACCACAGCUGUUAGCUUUCUACAAAAUACCAAAGUUCGACACACAACACUCGUCCAGAAACAGCAGUUUCUUCGGUCCAAAGGUCUAACUGCGCAUGAGAUACAAUUGGCUUGCGAGCGGGCCGGUGUCUUUAGCCAAGAUCCAAACAAUCCCAAUACCGUUAUCAAUAUUGGCUCUCAGCUGGCGGUGCAGCCACAGCAAACUGCCUUUGGCAGACUGCGUGAGCUGUUGCACACGACAGCUUUGUUCAGCGGAGUCGUCUAUGCCAUAUUUUUGUUCUGGCGGAAAUACAUUGCGCCGUUUCUGUUUGGCAAGCCCAAGAGAAAACCCGUUGAGGAUGUCUUGGUAGACAUUGACAAGAAGGUAGAAGACCGCACAGAUGCGCUCAAUAAGGAGAUUACAUUGGUCAAGGACUUGAUUACACUGCAACAGAAGGAGCAUACCCAACAGAUGAAUCGUGAAUUCAACAAUUUCCGAUGUGAUUUGGAUGCCAUUAAGGGUUUGCUGCUAAAUCGCAAACAAUUUGCCGGACCUGUGCAGCCCAUUGCGGUGCCCUCGAUACCUGCUUGGCAGUUGGCCGGUUCGCCGCAUCAUCAUCGCCAUAGCAACAAUAGCCAGUCGGAUGACAAUGAAAAGCCCGAUGAUGCUGGCUCCGGUUCGGGCUCCUCCGAAACUGAGGUAGUAACCAAGAACAGUGAUUCUAGCUUAGAGAUCAUGUAAAAGGCAUGACAAGGCUUAUAUAACUUGGCUUCAUAUAUACAUGUAUACUUUAUAUAUGUAUAUUGUAUAUGAAAAAUUUGCUGCUUCAAGUAAUCAUUGUAAAUUGAAUUAAUAACAUUUAGAAGGUUUGCGUUUAAGCACUUAGGUUUAAUUGUCAACGGCUUAUCCAUAUCCAUAAUUGCUACCAAAAGUUAACUCACACAUAUAUACAGUACGAA